GCUUUGACGGUCGAGCUGUGAGAGAGGGAGAGGAGGCACGGGCGGGCAGAGAGGAAAAAGAAGUGAAUAAAUAAAUGAUGAGAACCGUGGGAGGGAGGGAAAAAGCGACGGCGUGUGGGUGGUGGUGGUGGUGGUCAUAGUGGUAGGAGGAAGCGGCCAACGGCAGCAGCGGUAACAGUUGCAUCGGAGAGGGAGCAGGAGAAGGGGACGUGUCCAGCUUUUGUCCACCAUGCUCUCGUUCUUUUGAGCUUCUCCUCCUCUUCCCACUUGCCAUUUUCAGACACAAAGAUAGAGACAGACAAGAGGGACAUUGGGAGAGGGAGCAGCGACUCACUUCCCAUCUUUCUGGUCAGUUGAGAAGCUGAGAGAAAGAAGACAAAUAGUGGGAGAGAUGCUCGAUGGCGCCCGAUUGAGAUCCAUUUCAAUAUGAUUGGCGCGGUUCUUUCUGUUCUACGUUGGCUCUCAGUAAACCAGAGCUCUGAUGUUUAGGGUUUGGAACGGUCUUGUUUCUUGAUCGAGGUUCAAGCAUGAAAUUAGGGUUCCGAUCAAGAAAUUUAGACUCAUCCCCUGCACAAUAUUUGGAUGGGAGUUUUAGAAGGUCCGAGUCCGUUGUUUCACCAAGCAAGUCAGUGGACUCAAGCACUAGUAAGUUUGUUCCUUCAUCCAGAAGAGUGUUCAAGGCUCUUAAAGAAUAUGCAAAGAAAGUCAUUAACGUUGAAUUAUUUGUACCCAAUAUUGAGGACUGGAUUCAUGAGAGAACCGGCACCAAUCCUAUUGAUAAUGAUUUGUUGUUCAAAGCCCCUUUUCUGGUUGAUGAGCUGCAAAAGCUUGAUUAUGCAUUGGAGGGAGUUGUGUUUCAACAACUAUUCAGAAUGCCUUGUACAGCUUAUGCAUCUGAUGAACUGAAGGAAGACAAACUUCUUGCUUUAGAAGAUUUCCUUCAUGCAAUUGCUGAUGGUCUGUGGCGGACCUUUUGGAGUAAAAGUGGCCCAUUGCCAUUUUUUGUAUGUUGUCCACGAUACCCUGGAUCAAAACUCUAUACUGUUGAGAAGGCAGCUUCAAGAGGAAGAAUUGGUUCAUUAUCUGGAGCAGCUUUAAUAGCUAAAACUGGUAAAAGUUCAGAGGCCCACUGGGAUCAGGUGGUGGAACUUGCACUGUUCAAAUCUGAUGUUGCACAGGGAGUGGAGCUGGGGUUUUCAGCCUCUACUAUAGCUGAAGCCUUAUUUUAUGGAUUUCAUGUGAUCCUUUCAAGGAGUUUGAGCAAAUUUGACACUACGAGCAGUAACACUGUUUAUUUUCUGGUACUGGAUCCAAAAUUUGGAGGGGUGAUAAAAGUUGGGGGUGAACUUAGUAACCUAGAAAUUAAUACAAGCAACCCCUACAAAUCCAUUGCAGAAUGGAUUAAAAACCAUGCUGAAGUCAAUGUGUCUCCUGUUGAUCUCAUUUGGAAUAAGUUCGGGAAUCCUAAUUGGGGGGAUCUUGGGACCUUGCAGUUGAUUCUGGCAACAUUUUAUUCAAUUGUCCAGUUCAAAGGACCACCAAAGAAAUCUGUUGCCACCUUAGUUGCUGAUCAUAACCUUCGCCUCGAGAAACGUAGGUUUGAGUACCAAGUGCCUGAGAUUGUUGACACAUCGACUUAUGAACGACAACAUGCCCAGUCAGGAGAAAUUGUGGAACUUGAAUGUGAAGAGAUGCACAGCUUUGAGAAGAAAAUAGCAAGAUUAAAGCUCAACCCUGGGGAUAUUAUGGUAUUGGAAGAUCUUCAGGGCCAGAAAAGUUUCCAGAUACAGGAGAUUCUGAUCAGUGGGAAUUGUUUGUCUUAUAGUGCCAUUUGUCUAGAACAUCCAGGUGAACUGUUAACUGUCUAUGUAGGUUCACAUCCAUCACGGCUGAAGCCUUCAUGGGAGGACAUGAGCCUGUGGUAUCAAGUUCAGCGUCAGACUAAGGUCUUGAAUAUCAUGAAGCAGCAGGGCGUAUCAAGUAAAUUCUUGCCAGAGAUUGUUGCUUCUGGUCGCAUUGUACAUCCUGGUCCAUGCCAGAAGCAGGAUCCCAGUAGUCGGUGUGAUCAUCCCUGGUGUGGAACUCCAGUUCUCGUUACAUUUCCUGUGGGUGAGCCGCUUUCAUCUAUUGUUGCACGUGAUGGCCCAUUUGCCUCUGAGGAAGCUCUGCGCUGCUGUAGAGAUUGCCUCUCUGCACUAAGAAGUGCUGCAUUAGCUAACAUCCAGCAUGGUGACAUCUGUCCAGAAAAUAUUUUACGAGUUCAUGAUUCUAGUGAAUGUCGUUAUGUACCUGUAUCUUGGGGGCAUGCAGUCCUGGAUGACAGGGAUAGCCCAGCUGUGAACUUGCAGUUUUCUUCCACUCAUGCUCUGCAGCAAGGAAAACUGUGUCCUGCAUCAGAUGCUGAAAGCCUUGUCUACCUCCUCUAUUUUGUGUGUGGUGGUCUGAUGCAACAACAGGAUUCCAUAGAAUCAGCAUUGCAGUGGAGGGAGAAAUGCUGGGCAAAGAGAUCGAUACAGCAACAGCUGGGUGAGGUUUCAGCAUUGCUGAAAGCCUUUGCUGACUAUGUUGACAGCCUCUGUGGCACUCCAUACCCUGUAGAUUAUGAAAUAUGGUUGAGGAGACUUAACAAAAUUGUGAAUGGGGGAGCAGAUAAGGGGAAAUUGGUUGAAAUGAAUUUGGCAACAGCAUCAAGAUCAGACAAUGUAGCUGAAUCGUCCGGAACAUCCGGAGGCCCAUCUUGUUGAUUUUAAUUGGAUAUCAGUGCUAAUAGUCACCUUGAUUCUUUCUUUGUAACACAAGCUUCCUUUCUUUUUUCUUUUUUCUCUUCUUUUAUAUUCCUGUUUGUCUGGCUCCAUGUAUGUUUCCUGCUGUCCUCUGAUCUUCUGCUACAUUCUCCAAUUGUUCUGAAAUUUGUGUAUUGAUUAAUUGUUUGUUACCAUGUGAAAAGGCCCAAACAAGAUUUAUAUGAAGCUGGAUUAUGCAUCUACAGAAAUGGAAAGAUGCUUUAGUCUC